AUGGGGAUUGUGAUGAAUGACUGGCAAAGAUGUAUAGAAUUUCAGCAGAAAAAAAUCGAAGAAUUUGAAGAUUCUGAAACAUGUUGGAAUAUUAGAGAGCAAGAUCCCAUUUUGGUUUUGAAACAAAGAAUAAGAGGCGAUUCAUUGACUUAUAAAAAAUAUCUUGAUGAAACUCCUGAAGAGGAAAAAGUCAAUAAGAGAGAAAGCGUUGAAUUAGUUACUGAGGCACAAGCCAAGCAAUUUAUCAACGAAGUCUAUUGUCCGUCUCAGCCAAAAAACGAUGUAAUCUACGUCAAGGGAAUUAUUUCUACCAAGAAGAUUUAUGAAUUAGUCAAGACUUUUACCACUGUUUUUCGUGAAAAACCAGCUCAGUCAUUUGCAGCCUGGUGUCACGACCUUAUCAAUUCCAUUUGCAUUUACUUACCGAAGUACCAAGAAUCAUUGAAAAACCACAAGAAGAAUGGAUAUGAAAUUAUAGGUUAUGCUCGAAAAUCACCAACAAGUGAAGACGUUACUUCUAGAACAAGACUUUUGAAAUCCAUGGUAUCAAAUUUGAAAGAACGGUCUUUUGCAACCAAAAUAUUCGUUUCACCUUUUAUUAUGGACGAGUUAAGUGUUGAUGGUAACACGCAAGACUUGCUUGUCUACCUUAAGUCUUUUCAUCAUGAUGUUUGCUUGGUUACCAUUGACUUUGCUGGUAUAACAACAAGAAGUGAAGAUAUUGUUAACUUGGUUGAGGCAAAUCCCUCUUUAAAAAGGAUUGCAGUUGAAACCUUUGCCCAAUGCAAUGAGGUGUUUCUUUUUGACACCGAGAGAUUAGUUAAAGAUAAUGGUCUAUUACAAAAAUUUGAGAAUAGAAAUUAUUGCAUUCAAAGAUCAAAAUAA